ACUUUCAGAAAAUUUUCUGCCAUGAUAGGCGUAUUCUUGAUGCACCUUUUUCGACUUGCACGUUCCUCCGUCUCUAUGUCCGUAUGUUUUAUGUGACAACUGACAACUUAUCGAUUGUUCCUACUUCGUGUCGGAUAAUAUAAAUUAUAAACUAACCGUCAUGUGCUAUUCCGGAAGACACCUUAUUUCCAACCACUUAGCCGCGUUACUACAUCGAAUUUAGUGGACCUACUCUCUUCUCUGCUGAAGAUGCACUCGCAUGCGUAUGACCUAGGAUUCUAAUCUCCGGGAUUCUAUGGGAUUCAGGAUGCCUUAGCUGAAUUUCAAUCUCCCGCCACAGGUUGCAUGGCCGCUUCCUGCUUCGCCGAUUAGCGCUGCUGUCAUCAGCGGGCUGAGGUCAUCUACCUCCUUAAUCCUCUUUUUGCCUUCAUUUCAGCCUGGCAAUGACCGAUACUUUCACUUUUGUCCCCCCACCGGAGGCCCCGGUUUUCACUCCUUCAGAAGAAGAAUUUAGAAACCCCUUAGAAUAUUUGAUGAAGAUUCGGCACAUUGGGACGAAAACGGGCAUUGUUAAAAUUAUUCCACCUAAGAACUGGAACCCACCCUUUGCCGUGAACAUGAAGGAAUUUACAUUUACGCCCCGCAUACAGAGGCUAUAUGAGCUGGAGGCCCAUUCUCGUAUAAAAUUAAAUUUUAUCAGUCGCUUAUACAAGUACAUGCAGGCGCAAGGCAUUGAAAAAAUUCGUGUUCCUAGCAUUGGUGGACGGUUCCUAGAUUUACAAGCUUUGCAUAAAGCUGUUCGGGACUUCGGUGGAUACCACAAAAUCGCCAGAGAUAAUCUUUGGCCCGUUGUCACUGAGAGGCUCGGAUAUUCGUCGAAAUUAGCCCAUGCUGUUAGAACGAACUACGAAAAACUACUGCUUAAUUUUGACGAGUUAGUUUCGUCGUCCAAAACUUCGAAGCCCUACAACGUUAACGGUACGUCUUGUUCGAAGAGGCUCCGCCACUCUUCGUCUUCCGAAGUGGAUUCAAUCGAUUUUUCACGUAAUAAAGAGCUUCGGAACCUCCGUUUCUUCGGACCUGGACCAAAGGCCGCUGUCCCUUCAUCUGGACAAUCAAAAGCCCCAAACGAAGAACAUGCUGCGCACUUCAAUGCCGAUAUGUUUAGCUGUCGUGCAUGCGGCCAUGGCGACAAUGAGGCCAGCCUACUUGUGUGCGCUACUGAUAGCUGUCAAGCUUGUUAUCAUCUCUAUUGUCUCAAGCCACCGUUGCGUUCUGUCCCAAACUGCCAAUGGAAGUGUCCAGACUGCAUUCGAGCUUUGUGUUCUAAACCUCCAGACCCAUACGGUUUUCCUCAGUCGAGCAAGGCUUAUUCACUCCACGAGUUUGGUGUGAUGGCUGACGAAUUUAAGUCUACUUACUUUGGAAGACCAUGCACAGAGGUUCCAUGUUCUGUUGUGGAGCAAGAAUUUUGGCGCAUCUUACAAGAGUACAACGACGAUGUUGUGGUCGAGUAUGGUGCUGAUAUUCAUUCAAGUUCUCAGGGAUCCGGUUUUCCCACUGCUGACCGUCUCCAAAAUUUGGUUGGCACUGUGCAACAGUUGGAAGACGCUAAGAUGUACGCUGUUAGUCCUUGGAAUUUGAAUAUAUUGCCCCUAUUAGAUCGAUCCAUUCUUCGUUUCAUCAAGGGCAAUAUUGACGGCAUGAAGAUUCCUUGGUGUUAUGUGGGUAUGGUGUUCUCAAGCUUCUGUUGGCAUAUCGAAGACCAUUGGAGCUAUUCAAUCAACUUCAAUCAUUGGGGUGAGCCGAAAACUUGGUACGGAGUUCCUCGACCCCACGCCGAAGACUUCGAGCGGGCCAUGCGGAAACAUGCCCCGGAGCUGUUCGAGCAAGCACCUGAUCUGCUCCAUCAUAUCACCACAAACAUGAAUCCUAACAUACUACAGGCCGAAGGAGUGCCUAUCUACCGUACCGAUCAACGCUGCGGUGAAUUCGUUGUAACUUUUCCUCGAGCCUAUCACUCCGGUUUCAAUCAAGGCUUCAAUUUUGCAGAGGCAGUCAAUAUUUGCUUGCCCGACUGGCUUCCUAUCGGGAGAUCUUGUGUGAAGCACUACGCCCAAAUGAGGAGACAUUGCGUUUUCUCAAAUGACGAGCUCCUGUGUACCCUAGCUGAAGUUGCUACUGGUCGUGUUCCCGCAGAAGACGUUCUCUUAGUCACAAAUCCUUACUUUCCUCCGGGAGCUACAAAACCUCGCUUGCCUACUGGAUGUUCCACUGCCGGCUUGGACAUCAGCGCAGUUGCAAUCGUUCAUCAGGAGUUUAGCGUCCUUUUGUCUGAGGAACGACGCUUAAGACAGAUCGUUUUGAAUCUCGGAGUCGUUCGUCAGGAAAAAGUUCGUUUUGAUGAGUUACACGACGAUGUGCGCGUAUGCGAUGCUUGCCUGACCACCUUAUUUUUGUCAGGAAUCAGUUGUCCCUGCGCUUCAACUGUGCAGUCGCCCGUGAAACCAUCUGAUGAACGCGAAAAUGUCAUUUCAAACGGCAAGAAACGUGCGUUUCCAUCAGCUGCUGAUUCAGCCAAGGAUACAGUCAAUUUGGACACGUCCUCUGAUGAAUGCGAACGAACGCGGCGUUUUACGGUCUGUUUGAAUCAUCCGGUUGAGCUCUGUUCCAAUUGUCCACCAGUUACUUGGACCCUCAAGUAUCAUCAUACUAUCGAAGAGCUCGAGGAACUUGAUCGGUCCUUAGGACUUUGCUUAAAGAACUUCUACGCUUGGAAACAGCCUCUAUCCCGAUUUUUGAAAAAGAUAGAACCCAAUGGAGCCGACGAGUCAACAGCCUCUACUGAUCCCGUUAAGGUCGAAUCGGAUUCUAAUGACAACUGCACAGUGGAUACACAAACUAUGUCUAUUUCGGAGCUCCGGUCUAAGCUGAAUGCGGGGCGCGCUUGCGGGUAUCACACAGAUGACGUCUUCAUACAAGCUGAGGCACUUCUCACUCGCGCGGAUCAUCUAGUUGGCAUUUGUACCUCUGUUCGCGCAGGCAUGUGUACCUUUAUUGACGCACAGAAAAAAUCGGAGGAAAGUCAGAAGUCCUCAUGCAACACAGUGCGAUUUCAGUUCCGUGUUCCAGCUAACUUCAACCUGCCAUCGACGACGCACUCACAGACCCCGGAUUCCUUAAGACAAACAUCAAACGUUGCCCACGUUCUGCUGCAGCACGAAGUAGAUGUCAAUAACCCUCGAGAAAUCGACUUGGUUCGUCUAACAGAAGCAUGUAGACAACUGCAUCAUGUCAACAUAAUGGACGAUCCGGAUGUCCACUUCAUAGCCGAAUUUCUUCAACAUCUGACCGACUGGCGUCAACGCAUUCGAAAUUGCGUUUCAUCCAUUUGUCAGUUUGCUCUGACAAAUGCCACGCGCAGUCUAACCACGCACUGCUCCACAGUCUUGCGAACACCCACGUCCAUGGUGUCGGAAUCACCAAAAUCAAAGUCCGAUCCAUUGGUUGAGAUUACGAAUGAUGAACAUGUAUUUAUUUUGCUCUCCGAACUGCUCCGGGACUUAUACAAAGAGUUUCCUGGUUUUGCACCUCGUAUUGCUGAAUGGAAUUCUCUGCAUUUGAUACGUAAAUCGUUUAAAUGGCUGUGUAUUUGCCAAAGACAACUUGAUGAGAAGCACGACCAUCGGUGGACGCUUCCUCGUCUUCGGCAUCAUUCGAUCACCGGAGAGGAUCUUCUGAGUCAAUUAAGUGCUGCUUCGACAGCUAGCUUGACUCCUUCAACCAAAUCAGCUUCUGGUGUUUCGCUUCCAAAUAACACCGGCCUCAACUCAUCAGUGUCUUCCGUCGACCCUACAAUCGCUCCGAUUUCCCGUCUGUUGCGUGCCAAAAUGCACACUGCACUCGGACAACUUUCGCAAUUGGUCGUUCAAGUCGAAUCAUUAGUCAGCAUACUGAAUGAAACGUUGAGUGCUACCGGGUCUUUAUCCUACCUAAGAUUGGCUUGUGUCUUGGAUCAGCUUCGUUCGCUUAAAGUCACGCAUCUAAUCAAUUGGGGUGAAGAGGAUAUCGAAGUGCCGGAUGAUACGAAACUGCAAACUGACCUAGAAGGUGAAUUGAUCCAACAAAUGCCUUCGGAUACCGACGCAUUGCGACCAUCUGGAGUUGUCGAUGAACUACGAAGAACAUUUUUGGAUCGUUUGACUCUCAUCACAAAAUCAACUGAACUUCUCACACCGCUCACGUCUCGACCCCAACUAAACGAAGGUGUGGUACUCUUGUCUCUCGGUCUGCUCUUGGGUUCGCUACCAUCACCAGCUGGAACCCAUACCCGGUUAUGCAAACACCUGGCCACAUCAGGAGAUGUUGACGUCGUCCUUUCGAAUUCUUUGUCUCAGCUGGACAACUUGGUGUCUACCACUCGUGUGGCUCUGAACCGUUUGCAUCUGGAAGUGCUUGGUGCUGAGUGUGUUGAUGAGGCUGAUGGGAACAUCGCUCUUAUCAAGCGUUUGUUGCCGUUCUUCCCGCAUUCCGAUCGAAACGACAUCUGCUUGCAAGAUUUUAUGAAGGCCUAUGAAAGGAGUCCCAUGGAGUCUGUGAAGGUUUACGGUGAUUUCGCUCAAGAUGCGGACGCCUCCUUUCUCACUCUGAUGCGCACUGCAUUAAAUGACGGAAGACUCUGCGGCGUUUGUUGCCAACGUUUUGCAGCUGAUGUAACUGUUGAGACUUCGCCAGCGGACUGCUCAUUUUGCACAUGUCUUCCAACCGGACUCCCUCUACCGGAGGACACAUUGCGGAAGUUGGCUCCGGUGUGGACGGUGGAUUGUUCGGCUCACAACUCCGCACCGCUGGGCACUCCACAUGCGGUCGCUUUUCAAGGCUGUUUGAUGCGUUUUGAUCGGUGGUUGGAUGAGGUGGACUACCUGCUCCGCUCCAAUCUGAACAUCAUUGCAUCGAUUCGGACCCGAUUGGACUACAGCGUGUUAUCGAGCCUCCCGCGGAGGUUUCACUCUUUAUCAGUUGAUAUUUCAUCUGUGUCCGUGGAUGGCCCAACCGAACUGAACUGUACCGACCUGGUUUCUGAGUUCCGUGGAAAGAUUGCCGCGGGCAUUGCCUCUUCUAUCAAUUUGGACCCGUAUCUUGCUUUCCUGACGGCGGUUAUUUCUACGUUGCGCCUCCCGACCGUAUCCAGUUAAGCUUUUUCUUUUGUCAUCCUUUUUUUACUUUACACUUCCCUUUCGACACACCUAAACAAGAUGGCAAUUCCUCUUACUUCUCCUCUGGCGCAUUUUGUACAUAUUCUUACCAAAUCAUGUUGCCAUCUUAGUCCACUUUAUCAUACUCUUGUGCCCACUGGUCAGUUAUUUCGGACUACUGUCCACCACAUUGCUAGGCAUAUUAAAUAUUUCAAUGUCAAUCU